GAAUCUACUAUUCUUAACCCGUCUUUGAAUGACCAAAGGAAAGGGAUAGCAUUAAAAGCCGUCAAAGAAUCAACGAUGGAUGAUUCAAGCGACGAUGAUGAAGUCAAGCUUGUCAUGAAGAAGUUUUGUAAACUUCUACGGAAGAAAGAAAAGGUUGAGGAUGGCCCUGUGUGCUAUGGAUGUGGUGAAGCCGGGCACUUCAAGAACAAAUGCCCGAAAAGCGGAAGGAAUGCUCGGCACUUCAAAAGGCAAAGGGCAUAUAUCUCUUGGGGUGGCGACUCCGGCGACGAGUCAACCGAUCAAGACGAAGAUGAAACUUCCAACCUCUGUCUCAUCGCGCAUGAAGACCAAACCGACGAUGUACAAGAGAAGCCACCUUCCCAUCGAUGGGAAAAUCCAAACAUCGCUGGGAAGGCAGCCUUGGGUCCUUCCUCGCUUUCCAGUGGCGUGUUGGGAAACGAGGCUUGGAUAACGCAGCGGAAAACAAAAAUUUAUUGUCCAAAACUCGAUUCCACCCAAGAACAACUUACGUAAAUUACUAACUAUAGUAAGAAAUUUACCUUAACGGUGAAAACGAAGAACGGAGGAACGGUCGGGGAUGGUUUUGAGGAGAUGAACGUAGCGCCAAACGUAUGAAGCCUCCAACG